GAGGCAUCGGUUCUUCUUUGGCGCGUCUCGCUGACGAUCGCAAUUCGCACUUCCCAGCAACUUAGCUUCACUUCGCUCUACGCUUGGAAGCGGGCUUCUAUCUGAAAACCUCACCGGAAGACCGCCUGCCGACGGCUUCACUGUAAGAGUUCCGUACCAAUAAUGACGAAAGAUCCCAGUUCUUCGAUCGUCCGUCUCAACAUCGGAGGGAAGAAAUUUUCCACUACCGUUGACACUCUGACGAAUCGAGAGCCGCAGUCCAUGCUUGCAGCAAUGUUCAGUGGUCGACAUACUCUGUGUCAGGAUUCUGAUUCGGGACAGAUCUUUGUUGAUAGGGAUGGGAAGCAUUUUAGGCAUGUUCUGAAUUGGUUGAGGGAUGGAGUAGUCCCCACUCUAUCAGAUGUGGAAUAUUCGGAGCUUAUGCGAGAGGCUGAAUACUAUCAGCUACUUGGGCUUAUAGAGGGAAUCAAUUCUGCUCUAAAUAAGAAGAAGGAAGCUGAUGAUCUAGAUACUGAAUUGACAAGAACAGAUAUCAUCAAGUGUAUACAGUCUGAGAGGGUCCGGUUUAGAGGGCUUAAUCUUUCUGGCCUAGACCUCUCCAAAUUGGAUCUAUCGUUCGUUGACUUCAGCUUUGCUUGUCUCAAGAAUGUCUUCUUCUCACGUGCUAAUCUUCAGUGUGCUAAAUUCAAGGUCUAUAUUCAGCUGAUUCCUUACUUUAAGAUGUGGAUGCUGAGGGUUCCAUAUUUCAUAAUGCUACUUUGCGGGAGAAGAUGUGAAUUUACUGGUGCAAAUCUACGUGGCGCUGUAUUAGCCGGGGCUAAUCUUCAGAGUGCAAAUCUACAAGAUGCUUGUUUAAUAGAUUGCAGUUUCUGUGGGGCAGAUCUACGCACAGCUCACUUACAGACUGCUGACUUUACCAAUGCCAACUUGGAGGGGGCAAACCUAGAAGGAGCCAAUCUGAAGGGUGCAAAACUGAUCAACGCUAAUUUAAAGGGUGCAAACCUGCAACGUGCUUAUUUGCGACAAGUCAACUUUCAGAACACGCAUCUGGAAGGUGCUAGGCUUGAUGGUGCCAAUUUGCAUGGGGUGAUUCGAUGAUGUCGAAGCUAAAUGAUAAAAUGGAUCAUCGACAAAGGUCCGACCUUUGUAAUUGUAGCCCUUCCAGUUAUGAAAUAACAAGGUUGGUGGUGGGGAUGGAUUGGUGAAUGCAGCUGCGUUGAAGCUGGUGGAGAAUCAUGUUAAUAUAAAGCUUCACAUUUUUAUGUAAGUUGUGAAACUCAUACAGUAAUGGUUCUCAUCUGUUUCCUAACUAGUUUCUACUUCCGAGUUCACUCGUGCAGAAUGUUUUGUUCUAUCUAAUUCACUUCAUUGACAUCUAGCAUUGGUUGGAGACUUGAGCUUCACGAUUUUUUCCUUACAGGACAGUCAAUUGUUUCGUUCAGACUAUAUAGAGACAGCGGGUAUGGUGUUAAUCUUGUGCACUCAAUGCUCAUUGAGUGAGUGCGUCAAACAAAUAUUUUUCAUUCUACUUUUUGUAGUAUUUUUUUUUUUUGGGUGAAAAAAUGGCUAGCCGUCUCCAAUACAGGUCUAGAAAUAGAAUGCUAAAAUCUAGCCCCAAAUGCUCUCUAAUAGUCUUUUAAAAAAGCCAAAAACCUAAAAUAGGGAUCUUGAGUGCUAAAAUAGCACACAAUAUAAUAAGGAGAGCUAGACGAUUAUCCAAAAAUCACCUCCACAAAUGCUACUUGGCUUCCACCCGAAUGUGGGAGCCAACCGCAAUAUAAGGAGCACGAAAGAGGUUCUUUAACCCACCAACCUAAUCGGUUUGGGACAGUUUGGGAAGUUAGAAGCAAUUAUUCAUGGUAUGCAAGAAAGCUUUCUGAACAUUGAAUGUCAAUUUGCAAUCAUGAUUGAUGCUAGACUAUAAAAUCCUCAAGGGAAUCUUUCCAGCAAUGCAAAAUAAUACAAAGGAAGAGGUCAACGCUAUCCCAAUGAUAGUAGGAGCAUCCAAGAACCACCAAAGCAAGAAAUGAGAAGAGAAGCAGAAACAGAAGAGGAUCGACACUUUGAAGGAUGAUUACUACUCAUCUCCCUUUCUAGAUUUGAUAGGAGCUCUAGGAGGAGCAAAGACAGCUAUGCCAAUGCUAGAGAAACUUGUCUCUAUGGAGAACCCAAAAGAGAAACUAGAAAUUCUCUUGGAGGAAGAAGAUAAGAUCGAGGAAAUGUAUGAAGUUAGCAAAGCAACCCUUUGGGGUUAUGAAGAAAUGAUCCUAGUACAUGAGCAUAAAAAAGAUAAUGGUCAUUGCUUUAUUUGAUGUAUACAUGAAGACAGUUAGCAUAGCUAAUACAAUGCCCAAGGCAGUCCUAGAAAGAAUCAAGGAGCUGGAGUGCGAAAUAUUGAAGGAUUAUCAAGACUUCAUACGUUUUCAUCUUCAAAAUGGAUUCAGUCCACAUCCAGUUAGUCCGAUAAGGUAAAACACAAGUGAACGGGGUGAUGAAUGUAUAUCUUAUCUUGAAUGGUCAUCUAACUAAAAGGAACACGACUAUGCCUAGCUCAAAGGCAUAAAAGAAACAACACUUAAUGUGAGGCAACCCAUAUCUAGCGUCAAACUUAAUGACGUUAAACAAAAGUGCUACCAAGGAGAUAUCCCAUAUUUCUAGCUUUUCUUCUCCAUUUUGGUGUAAAAUUUUUGAAUGUACUAUUGGAUGAUGCUUAUAACGAGUUUUUCUCCUUUGGAUAGGUGAUAUAUUUUGUAAGAAAUUUUUGAAAG